GAGCGAGGAGAAAUUCCUCCGCGACAAACGGGUUCCGGCCGCGAGCCUAUAAAAAACCGGUGGCGCGGUGCGGCUGUCUUUCCAGUCGGGCUCGGAGGCGUCCUUCGGAUCAUGUCUGGUGGUUCUGCGGACUAUAACAGAGAACAUGGCGGCCCAGAGGGAAUGGACCCCGAUGGUGUCAUCGAGAGCAACUGGAAUGAGAUUGUUGAUAACUUUGAUGAUAUGAACUUAAAGGAGUCUCUUCUACGGGGCAUCUAUGCGUAUGGUUUUGAGAAGCCUUCAGCUAUUCAACAGAGAGCUAUAAUUCCCUGCAUUAAAGGGUAUGAUGUGAUUGCUCAAGCUCAGUCAGGUACUGGCAAGACAGCCACAUUUGCUAUUUCCAUCCUGCAACAGUUGGAGAUUGAGUUCAAGGAGACCCAAGCACUAGUAUUGGCCCCCACCAGAGAACUGGCUCAACAGAUCCAAAAGGUAAUUUUGGCACUUGGAGAUUACAUGGGAGCAACUUGUCAUGCUUGCAUUGGUGGAACAAAUGUUCGAAAUGAAAUGCAAAAGCUGCAGGCUGAAGCACCACAUAUUGUUGUUGGUACACCAGGGAGAGUGUUUGACAUGUUGAACAGAAGAUACCUUUCUCCAAAAUGGAUCAAAAUGUUCGUUUUGGAUGAAGCCGAUGAAAUGUUGAGCCGAGGGUUUAAGGAUCAAAUCUAUGAGAUUUUCCAGAAAUUAAAUACAAGUAUUCAGGUCGUGUUGCUUUCUGCCACAAUGCCAACUGAUGUGUUAGAAGUGACCAAAAAAUUCAUGAGAGAUCCAAUUCGAAUCUUGGUGAAGAAGGAAGAAUUGACCCUUGAAGGAAUCAAGCAAUUUUAUAUUAAUGUUGAGAGAGAGGAGUGGAAGUUGGACACACUUUGUGACUUGUACGAGACACUGACUAUUACGCAGGCUGUUAUUUUCCUCAAUACAAGGCGCAAAGUUGACUGGCUCACUGAGAAAAUGCAUGCCAGGGACUUUACAGUUUCUGCUCUGCAUGGUGAUAUGGACCAGAAGGAGAGAGAUGUUAUUAUGAGGGAAUUCCGGUCAGGGUCAAGCCGUGUUCUGAUCACUACUGACUUGUUGGCUCGUGGAAUUGAUGUGCAACAAGUGUCUUUGGUUAUAAACUAUGACCUACCUACCAAUCGUGAAAACUAUAUUCACAGAAUUGGCAGAGGGGGUCGAUUUGGGAGGAAAGGUGUGGCUAUAAACUUUGUUACUGAAGAAGACAAGAGGAUUCUUCGUGACAUUGAGACUUUCUACAAUACUACAGUGGAGGAAAUGCCCAUGAAUGUGGCUGACCUUAUUUAAUUCCUGGGAUGAGAGUUUUGAAUGCAGUGCUCGCUGUUGCUGAAUAGGCGACCACAACGUGCAUUGUGCUUCUUUGGGAAUAUAUUUGAAUCUUGUCUCAAUGCUCAUUACGGAUCAGAAAUACAGAUUUUGAUAGCAAAGCGACAUUAGUCGUGAGCUCUGUGAGGAAAGUCAUUGGCUUCAUCCUCUUUAGAGUUAGACUGUUGGGGUGGGUAUAAAAGAUGGGGUCUGUAAAAUCUUUCUUUCUUAGAAAUUUAUUUCCUAGUUCUGUAGAAAUGGUUGUAUUAGAUGUUCUCUAUCAUUUAAUAAUAUACUUGUGGACUAAAAGAUAUAAGUGCUGUAUAAAAUCGGCCAAUUAUGUUAAACUAGCAUAUCUGCCUUUACUGUGUUUCUCAGCCUGAAUAGAAAGGCCUUUAAAACUGAUUUUUUUUUUUAGAAAGCAUUUGAAUGCAGUUUGUUUGGUAUUGUAUUUAUUCAAUAAAGUAAUUAGUGCUAGUGUGAAAUGGACCCUGUUGCUAAACCCCAGCAAGCAAUCAUAUCCUAGGUAGGGUUAAACUCCCAGUAAAAUUGCCAUAUUGCACAUGUCUUAAUGAAGUUUGAAUGUUAAAUAAAUUGUAUAUUCACUUUAAA